AUGUAUGAUUUAUGUUCACCGAUUGGAAGUAAUAGUCUGGUACCUGAAAAUCGUCACACAGGACCAGUCACGGGCAAGAGCUCCUUCCUCACGGGCUUCGGGCUGGGCUUCCUGGCGUUCGCGCUCAAGAAGCUGCUGCUGCCCAUCAUCAUCGGCGGCCAGAUCGUCAAGUCGGUGCUCAUCGCCAUGUUCCUGCCCUCCAUCCUGGGCGGCCUCGGGAAGCUCGUCGGCAAGGGCGUGUCGACGUUCGCCUCUGCGUCGGGUUCGUCGGGCGGGCUGUCGGGGCCGCUGUCGGGGUCGCUGGGCGGCGGCGCGGGCGGCGUCGACGACUUCGGCGACUUCAAGGAGCCCGGCGGCGCGGGCUACGGCGACGCCGACGCCGCCGGCACCGACGCCGCCUUCGCCAACGCCUUCGCCUACCCGGACGCUCCGCAGUACGGCGUGAACGGCGUGAGCCAGCCGGGCAACGCGGCGGUCGCCAACUCCAUCAGCCGGUACCAAGCGCAGUCCAAAGUGAGCCAGCAAGCGCCGCCGCUCGACAACUUCUACAUGCGCCACAAGCAGCAGGACUUCAAGGUGUUCCACCAGAUCCCGGCGUCGUCGCUGCUGCUGACGCAUUACGACCCGUUCUACAGCCCGCUGCUGUCGCGCCUAGACAGCGUGUUCACGCAGCUGGGCUACACGUCGGAGGCCUGCCGCGAGCGCCUCGUGUGCGCCAUGUACAGCAACCCCGCGCGUUUCGCGCCCUACUCCAACCUCGUCUCCGCGCAGCUCAGCAGGUAA